UUGUGCAAAUGGAGAUUUUGAUUUUUUUGUUGCUCAUGCACACAUUUCCAACAAACGGGUAUGAUAAUUUAUCAGAGAGUAAAAAUUCAAUGCAGAGUUCAACGUGGGCGUGUAGUCCUACAAACUGCCAGAUGUAUGCAGCAAACAACGCAGUUGAUGGAGACAUCAAUACAUGUGUAAGAACAAGUAUGAUUGGUACGACUUCUGUGGACAAAACUGUGUGGUGGAGAGUGGACCUUGGUGACAUAAAGAGCAUCUACAGUAUCAGGAUACAAUUUAAAGACUAUGGACAGCAAUUCCAUAAUCGUCAAAGAGGAAGAUUGGCGGGUUUUUCUCUAUAUGUUUCGAACACAUCAGAAAUCAAUAACAGUUAUUUGUGUUACCACAACGGACCAGAAUUACCUCCUCUAGAUAAUAUCAAUAUCUGCACCAUGCAUGGACGUUAUGUCACAUUUUACAAUGAAAGAAAUGAGACAUCAUAUCCUGUCGGUUUCGAGAAUACCAUCAUAACAGAGUUAUGUGAAGUUAACGUCAUGGGCUGUGAAAACGAUGGAUUUUAUGGUCAAAACUGUGAUCUUACAUGUCCUCUUCACUGCCAGGAAGGAAGAUGUCAUAUAAUAAAUGGAACCUGUCUUGGUUGUGCAGCUGGCUGGAUCGGAGAUUUCUGUAACCAAACUUGCAUGGUUGGAUAUUAUGGUAUGGAGUGUAAAGCAAAGUGUACAGGUCAUUGUCUUGGUGGUGCUUCCUGUAAUCAUAUAAGUGGAAAAUGUGAACAUGGAUGCGAAGAGGGAUGGAUGACACCCACUUGUGAUCAAC